CAGCUGAAUAAUCUCAAAUCACACCCCCUGAAAAAAAAAAAAAAAAAAAAAUCUAAUUUUAUGCCCUAAAUUCACUCACACAAACACACUUUCCAUCACCAAUAAUCUCGAUCUCACUCACACUUAUUUCGUGAUUUAAUUUCAAUCACACACACACUAAUCUCAUGUAUUAAUCCACCUAUGGAUAAUUUCAAAGGCAAGUAUUUCUUAAUCUAUUUUUUCUUAAUAUUUACUUUCAUUUCAAAUGCUAAUAGUAGUUCAGUUGAUACAACAACAAUAACAGAUCCAAAAGUGACUAUAGAACAUAUUAUAAAUGUACUAAAUAAACAUGUAUCACAAUUAGGACAGCUUGACGAGGUUGUUAAAAACUUAACAGAAUUAGUUACAAAACUAGAAUCACGUGUUUUAUCACCUGUUGUUGUUCCGGAAUUUAAGGAAUCUAAGUUUGAUAGUGAUGAGAAAACCCCGGGACUCGAAUCGAAAGACGAAAAGUUUGUUGUUGAUGAUGAAAGUGGAGAAAACAAACAAUUAGGUGCUGUGUCGGUUACGAAACAUAGUUUGUUUUGGUCCGAGAGGUUUCAGUUUGUUUCGGCUGUGAAACUUGAAACGAAAGCGACUUUUCUUAAUGUUUUGCCGUUUAAGGAUGUUGAAGGGUUGAGUAAGUAUAUUGCUGUUGGUGAUGAUGUUGGGAAGGUUUAUGUGUUUACGAGGUACGGUGAGGUUAUGUUGCAGUUCGAUACACGGACGAGUUCACCUGUGACGUCGAUAUUGUCUUAUUUUUCGGUUUUUAGGAACGAGAGUGUAGUGGUUACGGGACAUGGGAAUGGGGUUAUUUUAGUACAUAAGGUUUGGGAAAUACCGAAUGGUGAUGAGUUGAAUUUGCUUGAGAGGGAGACGGUGCUUAAACUUGAUCCAGAAGUUGGGUCGUCGCCAAUAAGCAUAUUGGAGCUUCAUCAUAUUGGGAGGGUGAAGUAUAUUGUGUCAAUUGAUGUGGAUGGGAAGAUUAAGGUUUUUAAAGAGGGUGGUACGGUGAAAGGAACGCUUGUUCCUAGUAGUCGUCCCCUCGCAUUCUUGAAACAGAAGUUGUUGUUUUUGACGGAAACUGGCGCUGGGUCGUUGGAUUUGAGGGCUAUGAAGCUUAGGGAAGCUCCGUGUGAAGGUUUUAAUGGAUCAUAUGCUUUGAAUUAUAUUUUUGAUGCGUCGGAUAGAGGUAAGGCUUAUGGAUUUACAUCGGGAGGUGAGUUAGUGCAUUUGCUUAUAUAUGGUGACUCGAUGAAUUUCAAGUGUCGUGUAAGAUCGAAAAAGAAGUUUGAUAUAGAUCAUGGGCCUUUAGCUUUUGAAGCAAUUAAAGGUUAUUUUCUUAUUGUUAGUCAGGAAAAGGUGUUUGUUUAUAAUGUCUCUUCGCAGCUUUAUGUGAGAGCUGGUUUACCACGUCUUGUGUUUUCGGCUGGGCUUGAUGAAAUUAUAGCUUCAUUUUUGAAUUAUCGAGCAUUGGGGAGAUUAAAUGCUAAAAAAGAUGAUUUGAUACCAUUAAUCGCUAGUGACCAUGAAAAGCUUGUGAUUUUAAGUUUAGGAAAUGGGUAUAUCGGAAUGUAUCGUUCUAAUCUUCCCGUUACAAAAGGUGAAUUCAACACCAUGUUAUGGAGUACUCCCGUCUUGUUUUUCAUACUCUUUCUUUUUGUAGCGUGGCAUUUUUUCGCUAAUAAGAAGGAAGCUUUGACCUCAUGGGGCCCGGAUGAUCCAUUUACGAAUGGAGCUCCAUCUGGUACUAGUUCUGGUCCUGGGGAGAGAUCUUUUGGGGAUUCUACUUCGAGAAAUCAUGACAUUAUGGAUCUUAGAGGUGGCAGCGGGGGUAGUGCUGGUGGUGGUGUUGGGAGUGGCAGCAAUGGCAGCGGUGGUGGAUUAAGAGGGCCACCAAGAAGGUAUGGCUCACCAACACGGUACACAGGUCCUGGUGGGAAUUCGUAUAGACCAACCUCUAUCGAACAGAACCCGCGACCCACCUCGGUAGACCCUGAUUUCAGAGGCUCGGAGUUGAAAUAUAGAGGGUCGAAUAUUGAAUCUAGUGGUUUUGGCCAAAGAAGAGAGAGUUUAUUUGUAAACAGUCAAGUUGUGGACGAUCAUGGCAGUUAACCACACAUAUUUCCUUCUGCAACUUUGGAUCAUCGAUAUCUGGCUGUAAGCUGUUUAAGAAUGCAUAUGUAUGUCCUUUACUAUGUAUGUGAUCCGUUAUUUUAGGAAGAAAGUAAUAAUCACAAGUUUUAUAAGCAAAGUUAUUUUGUUAUAA